GGCCCAAAUAGAGUCAAUUUUUUGUUUUUUUUACAUUCACUUCUGUUAAUUUAGCUGAUUUUCAAUAGUUGUAACUGAUGUUUUAAACAUUUUUUAUUAGAAAAUGUGACCGUGAAUUUUAUUUUUUCUUUCAGUCAUUAACUCUGACCUGUGUGGGGUUAGCCCUAACCCCAACCCUAACUGUAUGGAGUCAAAAAGGGAAGAACCGUUGUGGCGACACAUAAAAGACCAAAGGGGUGAUUUUUAUACCGAAUCUUCAGGGUGUUUAUUACCAGCUGUGUGCCAUUAUUUUGUUGACAUUAAGUGGUUGAACCAAUGACAAUUUCACUGAAAAUAACGAGACAUUUUGACACUUAAAAUAGUUUGUGAGCAGCACCUGGCUGAUUCUUGAGUGGAUGACUUGCUGAAUGAGUUUGCAUCUCUCACUUCCGUUUUCAGAACAAACAAGCUUCGAUCGAAUACGGACUUGGCAGGAAAGGACAAAGUAAGUUUUAUACUUUUGUACAUUUUGUACGCACAAGUUUUAAAUGUACUAAAUGUAUUUAUGUAAAGAAUUCAGCCCACGUAUUGAUCCAAUCAACUGGCCUUCAGCGCUGUGAGGACCGAGAAUAAAUUCAGACAGUGACGGUUUACUUUUUACCACAGCUGGUUGAACCCUGCGUUUUAGUUCCUCGUUUAUAUUCUUUAAAUCCAACAAUUUCUAAAUUCAAAACUCAGAAGUCUCUCUCUAAAUCAAGCUGGGAUCUUUAUUAAAUAAAACAGCACUGUGCAACUGAAGUUGUUUUUUCUGUAAGUAAAUGUGCAUUGGUGUAUUUUGCAGGUUAUUGGAGGGCCCGAUCAACCACAGUCUCUCAAUAAAAUCAUCAUGAGGUCUAAAGGAAAUUUAUCUUUAUUGAUUUUUAUGCUCCUCUUUAUUCUUCACUGUAUUAACCAUUCUCUGGCUUAUUUUCUGACUAACUGCACCAUGAUUAUUCAAGAGACUCCAUCUAAUGAAGUGGCUUUAGACUGUGCAGACAGGCAGCUUGUCGCCGUUCCUGAUGACCUCAUCAAAGUUGCCGUUUCAGUCAAACUUGGAAUGAAUCGGAUUCCGAAAAUUAAUAAAGGCGAUUUUUGCGACAUGGGAAGAUUGAGUUACCUGUUACUGUAUGGAAAUGAAAUUACUGUUGUGGACGAUGGAUCUUUCACUGACUUGGUUUUGUUGAAAACACUCGACAUCAGUACUAACAAGCUCACCAACGUGACUUGUAACAUGUUCCAGGGCCUGUCCAACCUCACCAUGCUUGAUCUCAGUCAAAACAAGAUUCGAUUCAUUCAUAACGCAGCCUUCCGGUUCCUGAUCAGCUUGCAAACUCUGUCUUUACGUUACAAUAAGCUCCAACAAAUCUGUGACAUUGCACCCAUCCGAGAUCUUCCACAAAUACAGGAGGUUUUUCUUAGCUGCAAUCUAUUCUCUUCCUUUGAGACCAAAGACUUGCCUCAGAACUUCUCCUCAAACCUGAAUACGUUGGAAAUUUCUGGUAAAAUCAGGUUCAGCAUCUCAACACCAGCCUUUCCUUAUAUCAAGACUCUAGUGUUUUUUGCUUGUGGAUAUCAUAAUAAUCUGCAAUGGGACAUCCCUGACAAAGCUUUGCUGCAGAACAUAACAGAUCUUUAUCUUGAUCAGCAAGAGAUUUCUGUUGAAGCCAUCCAAGAAAUCCUGCAGAGUCUCGACUCCCUGACUCAUUUCAACCUUUCUUUUUUCCGUGAGUGGGGUGAGAAAGGACUUUUGUCUGAAAUGUGUAAAAAAGCAACACUGAGGAGCUUGAAUUUAUUUCAAAGAGAUCUCAAUAGUUUCACUUCUCAACUUGCUUCAUGUUCUCAGCUCACGAAGCUCAAGCUGGAAGACACCUACCUAAAGGACCUGCCAAAAGGUUCCAUCCUGCCGAUGAGGAAACUACGUUUCCUGUCCGUAAGCAGAAACGAGCUCAACAGAGUUCCAUUCGAUGUCAAGCACCUCUCCUCCCUUGAGACCCUGAGAUUGAGAAAUAACCUCAUCUCCGAGUUGAGCUGUGAGGAUUUCAUGAACAACACAAAUCUGUCUGAGCUUUAUCUGAACGCCAACCAAAUCAGCAAAGUAGGUAGAUGUGUGUUUGAAAGUCUUACUAAUCUAAAGCGUUUAGAUCUGAGUGAUAACAUGCUCACAACAGUGACAGAUGCCUUCAACAAUGCCCUGCAAAAGCUUGAGGUCUUGAACUUAAGAAAAAACUUCAUAAAAUGUAUCAGAAAUGAUUAUUUCAGACAUUUAAAGUCUCUGAAACGUUUAAAUAUUGAGUCGUAUCUGUUUGAAAAGGCAGAAAGUAAAGCGUUUAAUGGAUUAAAGAACCUGGAAGAGCUUACUUCAUCACUUCCGCUUGAAGGUUUUGGUGAAAUUACACAUUUACAACUAAUGGAAAAUCUCACAAUUAUCUUGCCUAGCAAUAGACGUUUCACAGUAUCAGAGUCAACAAAUGAUCAAGGUAUCUUCUUCAAAUCCAUGAAAAGUCUCACAGUGACUUGCAAAAGUGGCCUUUAUUACUUCAAUAUGGAAAAAGUUCAGUCCAUGAACCAACUGGAAAUUUUCAAAACUGAAAAUGUUCUUUUUUAUUGGCAAGAUAAGUUCACAUUUGAGAGGAACACCAGGCUAAAGACUCUGACCUUAACAAAAUCGGAUUUGUCAAAAAUCAGAUCCGAGCUUUUACAACCGAUACCACACCUGCAGAUUCUAGAUCUUUCUCAGUCUAAGAUCAAGUCUUUGGAUUUCCUGAUGAGGACCAAUCUGACUGAACUCAGAUAUCUAAUACUGGCUGACAAUGAGAUUGAUGUGAUCAAUGAGCUGGUCUUCAGUUCUCUCCCCUCUCUAACGUACUUGGACCUGAGCAACAACCCGCUCCUCUGUGAAUGCUCAAACUCUGGUUUCAUCCAGUGGGUGAAGAACAACAAACAAACAAUGGUGGUAAACACUCAUCAAUACAAAUGUUCCUUUCCUGUGGAAAAACAAGGAACAAAAUUACUGGACUUUGACAUCCAGCCCUGUUUGGAUGAUGGCAGCUUCUUCUUCUUCAUCUCCAGCACUUGUCUGGUUGUUCUGACUCUCCUCACAUCCUUCAUCUACCACUUCCUGAAGUGGCAGCUGGUCUACACGUUCCACCUCUUCCUGGCCUUUCUCUACGACAGCAGGAAGGGGAAGAAACAAGAUCCUCACCAGUUUGAUGCCUUCGUGUCCUACAACGUCCACGAUGAGGACUGGGUUUACAGAGAGAUGCUUCCGGUGCUGGAGGGAGAGCAGGGCUGGAGACUUUGUCUGCACCACAGAGACUUCCAACCAGGUAAACCCAUCAUAGAGAACAUCACUGAUGCCAUCUAUGGCAGCAGGAAGACCAUCUGUGUGAUCAGCCGCCACUACCUGCAGAGUGAAUGGUGCUCCAGAGAGAUCCAGAUAGCCAGCUUCCGCCUAUUUGAUGAGCAGAAGGAUGUGUUGAUCCUGCUGUUCCUGGAGGAGAUCCCUUCGCAUCAUCUGUCUCCACACUACCGCAUGAGGAAGCUGAUGAAGAAACGCACCUAUCUCAGCUGGCCUCAGGCGGCACAACACCCAGGAGGGUUCUGGCAGAAGGUCAAGAGAGCUCUGCAGACAGGAGACACUCUCACUGAGAACACAGACCUGCUGACCGGAGCAAUGGAAGUGAAGUCUGAGGUGAAGAGAAAGGUCUUCAGCAAAGUGCACUUGGAGAAAGUGCGCAGUAGGGUUCCAGUGCGCUUUUACCGCAACUCAGUAAACAUGGCCACCAAGGAAACUUUAUCUUUACACUCUGUUGUGGGACUUCUCUGUUUGCUGUGUCUUAUUCAUUUGUCACUGACUUAUUCAUUAAAAAACUGCUCCAUAAUCUAUCAGGAGAAUCCCUCUGCUGAGGUUGCUCUGGACUGUGCAAGAAGGAAACUCGUGACUAUCCCUGACGAUCUCCCCAAACACACUGUGAUGGUACAACUUGGAGAAAAUGUGCUCAAGAAGAUAAUCAAAGACGAUUUUUGUGACAUGUCAAAGCUGAGCCUCUUGAAUUUGACAUCAAAUGAAAUUGCAAGCGUGGAAGACGGAUCUUUCACUGACUUGGUUUCAUUGAAAACACUUGACAUAAGUAGUAACAAACUCACCAACCUGACUAGCAACAUGUUCCAGGGUCUGUCCAACCUGAUUGAACUGGAUCUCAGUGAAAACAGCAUCACGUUCAUUCAUUCCUCGGCCCUCCAACCUCUGGUCAGCUUACAAACUCUGGAUUUGAAUGAAAAUGGGCUCAAAGAGGUUGCUGACAUUGAGCCCAUCCUACUGCUACCACAGAUACGGACACUCCGCCUUACGUGUAACCAGUUUUCUUCCUUUGAGACCAACGACCUGCCACUGAAUCUCUCUUCUAGUCUCAAAGUGCUGGGCAUUUCUAGUUUUCAGCUGGAAACAUUCAGCAUCGCAACACCAAUCUUUCCCUAUCUCCAGAAAUUAGACUUUUCUGGGUGUGGACAACAAUAUUCUGAACUUCAGUGGGAUAUACCAGACAAAGCCUUACUGAGGAACAUAACACAUCUGUAUCUUACUCAUCCAGGGCUUUCCUUUGAAGAUUUCCAAAACAUCCUCCAGAGUUUUGAGUCUCUGAGUCAUCUAAGACUAGCAUACUUGGACUUUGAAAAGGGACUCUUAACCACAAUCUGCCAAAUACAAACACUGAGGAAGCUGGAUCUGUUCUACAGUGACCUCACCUCUUUGUCAAUUGAACCUUGCUCACAGGUCACAGAGAUUGACCUGACAUUAAAUACCAUAACUGAGCUGCCAAAGGGCACAUUUCAAUCAAUGAAGCAUCUGCGUUCCUUAAAUGUAAGCCUGAACUCACUCACCAACAUUCCAUAUGAUGUGAGGAGCCUAGAAGGCCUCGAGGUGUUGAACCUAAAUGGAAAUCUUAUAUCUAAGCUGACUUGUGAGGAUUUUGAGCAAACAAAUCAUCUUGCAGAGCUUUACUUGAACUACAACAACAUAGACAACCUGGAGAAGUGUGUCUUUGAAAGCCUUACCAAUCUAAAGAUUUUAGACGUGAGUAACAAUUUGCUGCAGGCAUUUGGAAACACCUUCACGACUUCCCUGCAGAAGCUGGAGGUCUUGGACCUGAGCCAUACUGUGUUAACAGUCGUACGAAUCUGUGAUUUUCAGGACGCCCUGAAACAACUUGAUGUGGAAACGAGUUUUUUUGGGAGAGAAAAAUGUAACUCAUCUUCUGAACUAAACAACCUGGAAUCUCUUGAUAUACAAUUCAAAUUAUGCAAUUAUGAUAACAAUUUGGAAAUUCUUCAUACAACCAGUCAAGAUGACUUCAUUCAUUUAAAGUCAAUGAAAAGAUUCACGGUGAUCUGCAACAAUGCUGACCAAGGUUUCAACACGUAUAAAGCAAAGGCUUCAUCUUUUCGACCUUUGACCUUUCUGCUAAGGGCCAUGGAAAAUUUGGACACUUUUAGAGGUGUCCAUGUUCACGCUUCACACGUGGGAACAUUUCAGUUUAACUCCCAGCUCAAGAGUCUGACACUAGCUAAGACGGAUUUGUCUGAUUUGAAUUCAAAGUUCUUCCUAUCAGUCCCAAACCUGCAGAGUCUUGAUUUUACUGAGAAUAAUAUAACGUCUUUGGAGUUUCUGGUGCAGGCCGAGCUUUAUGCUCUCAGAUAUCUGAAAGUGACUGACAAUGAGAUCAAUGUGAUUGAUGAUUCAGUCCUAAAGUCUCUGCCCUCUCUAACGUACUUGGACCUGAGCAACAACAAGUUCACCUGUGGAUGCUCAAACUCUGGUUUCAUCCAGUGGGUAAAGAACAACAAACAAACCCAGGUGGUAAACGCUCACCAGUACAAAUGUUCCUUUCCUGUGGAAAAACAAGGAACAAAAUUACUGGACUUUGACAUCCAGCCCUGUAUGGAUGAUGGCCGCUUCUUCUUCUUCAUCUCCAGCACUUGUCUGGUUGUUCUGACUCUCCUCACAUCCUUCAUCUACCACUUCCUGAAGUGGCAGCUGGUCUACACAUUCCACCUCUUCCUGGCCUUUCUCUACGACAGCAGGAAGGGGAAGAAACAAGAUCCUCAUCAGUUUGAUGCCUUCGUGUCCUACAACGUCCACGAUGAGGACUGGGUUUACAGAGAGAUGCUUCCAGUGCUGGAGGGAGAGCAGGGCUGGAGACUUUGUCUGCACCACAGAGACUUCCAACCAGGUAAACCCAUCAUAGAGAACAUCACUGAUGCCAUUUAUGGCAGCAGGAAGACCAUCUGUGUGAUCAGCCGCCACUACCUGCAGAGUGAAUGGUGCUCCAGAGAGAUCCAGAUGGCCAGCUUUCGUCUGUUUGACGAGAAAAAGGACGUGCUGAUCCUGCUGUUCUUGGAGGAGAUCCCUCCUCAUCAUCUGUCUCCACAUUACCGUAUGAGGAAGCUGGUGAAGAAACGCACCUACCUCAGCUGGCCUCAGGCUGCACACCCAGGAGUUUUCUGGCAGAACGUCCAGAGAGCUCUGCAGACAGGAGACGCUGUUGCUGAGAACACAGACCUGCUGACCGGAACUUAAUAUUAUUGUUUUACUACACUGAUGAAUUAUAUUUUGCUGUAGUUUUCUCUUCUGUAUGUGGAUUUUUGAAAGUUUUGCAUCCAUCUGGUAGGAUAAUUGCUUGAACAACAACAACAAUUUAAAGGAAAUGUUCUUUUUUCCAAUCUGCAGUGAUCAUGUUGAGUAAAACCACUUUUCAAUCAUCUGUAAUCAUUUUAAGGAAUGGUUUAUAAUCUAUUUGCUAGUGAUUUUACUUGCAUUGAAAAUAAAAAUAGUUUUCCUUUUGUUCUGCUUUUUGCUGCUUAGAGCGAGGAAGUGAGAAGAAGUGAUGUCAACAGUCGCCAUUUUCUGUUCCUCAAAUGUUAAAUGAAAGUUUUAUUUUAAA